UAUAAUUUAUGUUUUACAUUGUCUUCUUGGAAAAAAUGUUUAUUUUAUUUCUUUCCAAAAAGCAGCGUUUCAUUGGCUCCUCCUCCUCUUAUCUAUGGUUGCUAAGAAAAUACAGCAGAGAGGAAUGAGUCAAGUUUUGAAUACACUCCAGGGAGCUCUUUCAUUAAACAAAUUAAGUUUCCACAAUCAUCCUAGGAAAGAAAGGAAGUUGCUUCAACAUGGGUCAUGCGUUUUUUCCCAUAAAGAAUAUUCAAUUAUCUUUCCAAGGUGGUCUGGAGGUUUUAGCUCAUGUUAAAAGUUCUCAUAAGGAAAAGACUUGUCUCUUUGAUGGAGUAGAAUUGGUGGCCUUGCCACAUGUACAAACUCUCAGAGAAUUUCCUAGGGAGGAGCUUGUUGGAAAAGUUGUUAUGGUGAGAUUUGAUUCUACCAUUUUGCUUGGCGAAAAACUGGAUUGGAGUUUUCAAUCUGCUUCAAAAGCACUUUACACCAUUAAGUAUUUACAUGAAUCUGGGGCCAAAGUCAUUCUCAUGAGUGAAUGGAAUACGAAAAUCAAUCCCAAACAUCUUGCUGUAGAAGCUGUUGCAGAUAUCUUGUCAUCAGUUCUCCAGCUCAAAGUUGUUGCUUUAAGAUGUAUUUCUUGCAACAUACCAUUGAAGAGGGAAGACCUGCAGAAAGCAGACAUCCUUCUUCUGGAGAAUCUUUCUCAAUAUAAGGAAGAAGUUGCCAACUGUUCAAAGUUUGCUGAACUUUUAUCAUCAGAAGUUGAUAUUUUUGUUAAUGACUCGUUUUGCCAGUCUCAUAAAAUUCUUGCAUCAACAGUUGGUGUUGCUUGUUUUUGCUAUGCCUCUAUGGCUGGUUUUUCCUUUGAGGAAAGCCUUCAUCAGCUAAAGAAGUUUGCAAAAACUAACAAGAAACCAUAUGUUGCAAUUAUUGGAGGUGGCAAUCUCAAAGACAAGGCAGCUGCUUUACAAUUUUUAGCAUCUAGAUGUGAUGCAUUGGUCUUCGUUGGCCUAAUGUCCUUUCAGAUAAUACGUGCUUUAGGACACUCGGUUCCAACUAACCUGGUGGAACGUGAUGCACAUAAAGCAGCUUUAGACAUUGUCCGGUUUGCACAUGAUAAAAAUGUGCUGAUGUCAUAUCCAAAAGAUUUUUGGUGCAUGAAUCAACAUCUUCCUCAGCAAUUGGAAGUUUUUCCUGCUUAUGGAGUUUCAUAUGGUUGGCUACCUGUUGAUCUUGGACCUAGGUCGUUGGACGAAAUAAACUCUCUGGUAACAAACUCCAAGAAAAUUAUAUGGAUUGGUCCAGUGAAAUUCAGGUCCUCCAGCCCAUAUACAGGUGGAGCUUCUAAAUUGGCUCAGAUGCUUUACAAACAGAGUCUAUGUGAAUGUGAGAUAACUAUUGUUGGGAGUACAGCAUGUGAAGUUAUCAAAAAUGAAUCAAGCUCUGUAUCUUGUUUUAACAUGCUAGAGAAUGCUUCAGCUGUAUGGGAGUUUCUCAAAGGACAAAAGCUGCCUGGGGUUAUGGCCUUAGAUAGAGCAUAUCCAUUUGAAAUUGACUGGAAUGUUGUUUAUCGUGAUCCAUCCCAUCCUUUACUCGUUGAUAUUGGAAGUGGUAAUGGCCUCUUUAUCAUGGGAAUGGCAAGAAAUAGGAAGGAUCUGAAUUUUCUUGGUUUGGAGAUUAAUGGAAAGCUUGUACGACGUUGUUUGGAUUCUGUUCAUCAAUCUGGCAUAACGAAUGGGUACUUUGUGGAAACAAAUGCGACAUCCACAUUCCGUUCCAUUGUUUCUGGUUACCCAGGAGAAUUGGUUCUUGUUUCAGUACAGUGCCCAAACCCAGAUUUUAACAAACCGGAACAUAGGUGGAGCAUGCUGCAAAGGUCAUUAAUUGAAGCAGUGGCAGAUCUUCUUGCUUCUAAGGGAAAGGUCUUUCUGCAAUCUGAUGUAGAACCAGUUGCUAUAAGAAUGAAAGAACAGUUUUUGAAAUAUGGAAAGGGUAAACUUUGUCUUUUGCAUGAUCAUUGCGGUGUAAAAAUCAAUGGAAAUACAUGGCUUGAGGAGAACCCAUUUGGAAUUCAUUCAGACUGGGAGCAACAUGUUAUAGAUCGAGGAGCUCCUAUGUACAGAUUAAUGCUUUCCAAAUCAACUGGCUCUUGAAUAAGCUGUUGGCAUUUGCUGGUUUUUUGGCCAUAGCUGGGAUAUCCACGUACUACUUGAAAACUAUCUGUAGAGAAACUGGAUGCCGGUGCAGCCACGGUCUACCCUUUCUUGGAGGUAAGUUUAGCCAUGCUUUGUUUUGUUGCUAAUUCAAUUGUGUUAUGCCUUUGUAGAGAAGGAUAAUGCUAUUAAUUCACCUAGUUUCAUGGUUGCGUUUUAUCAAGUUAUUAAUUAUGCAGGAGUAAUUUGCCUGGAUCUGAUGAGCAUGCAGGUACAUGCUACAACUUCCCUAAAAAUUGUUUUGCCAGACAUUGGAAGCAACUGCAAUAUAGAGGAAGUGCUUGAGAAGCAACCCUGCCAAAGCAGGGAAUUGAACUCAGAUGUUAAGCACUCAGCAGCAUCAGGCCUAUGGUUACUACCUUGACAGAGUCCAUAUGAGGCAAAAGUUAGCAGCUUUUUAGAAAGAGAAACAGCAGUAAAGAACUCAUGAAUACUUCUCCAUUUUGAAGUAAAAGUUCAUAUUUCCUUUUCGUUGUGAUGUUUCAUUUUCAUACCCCUUUCUGAAAAUGUAACAUAAGGCAUCUGUUCCUCCCCUUGUGACAUGAUGAUUUGAUCAACUUUUUUCCUCGGAUUGUGACCAAACGAAAGAACCUUUUUUCUUCCUUGGAUUACUGUGGUGACACAUUCUAGUUCUAGUCAAAAGCAAAAGAGUGUUCAUCAUUAGAGCCCUCAGUCAGAAGGUAGCAGCAUAAUUCACCUGAUUGGGGUAUUCAAAACAUGUUUUAGAUUUUAGUUAAGGAAAUUGAACUUGGUAAUUGAUAAAAGCAUCUCUCUUGGAUGCUCACAUGCAACUUGGUACAUUUGUUUACACUCAAUAAUAAUCCCCAUCUUUUAUUUGUGGUCCUUGUUUUUAAUUUUAAGUAUUGAUGUGCCUUCUAAUAUUUAUCAACCAUGUUUUGGGUUUAAUAAUUUUGACAUGUCAACUAAUAGAAA